GUCUAAAACUGAGAGGUACCUCUGUGUUUAUGUGUCCGACUGUUUUGAAAAAUAAUUAUUUAAGCGCAAAUAAAUAAAAAUGCAGCAAAGCGAGGAUGUUAAAGAUGAAGAUCUGCCUGCAAAUACCUUGGAGCACUUUGCCGAACUCGACCAAGUGCUCGAAAUGAUAGAAAAUAUGCUGCCAAUACAGGCAGAAGGUUUUGAGCGUGGGUUUGAGCAUUAUACAGAGGUCCUCUCCCGCUACCAAGAACAACCCCACUUGUUGGAUACACACCUGGAGGUGUUGCUGUCUCGCCUACUGGGCAAGAUACGUGAGGCAGCGCCACCCACAGGUGCAAGGGAUGCAGCUUUCAAGUAUUUGUAUAUAAUUUGCAAAGUGCGCACCUACAAGGUGUUGGUAAAGUUUAUGCCACAUGAGCUGAGUGAUUUGGAGUUUGUGCUGCAGCUGUUGGAGCAACAGGAUCCGAAGCAAUUUGAGAAUUGGGAGACACGCUACAUGUUGCUGUUAUGGAUGUCCAUAUUGGUAUUAAAUCCAUUCCAUAUGUCACGCUUGGAUGCGCAGCAGCUUGGAACUCCAACAGAGACUGACGAAAACAAUUUCGUGCUCAUCAACAAUGUCAACAACCAAGCUGUCACGGUUACGCCCAAAAUGGAACGCAUCUUUGAGCUCUGCAAGCUAUACUCCUCCACCAAUGAUACUUGCAGCAGCAUGGCUGCCUAUCUGGCUGCCAAGUACUUUGUACGUGCUGACAUAAAGGAUUUAUAUUUGGAGCGGUAUCUUGACUGGAUUAUGGAUCAGCAUCAGGCGGACACUUUGCAGGUCAAGUUUGGUCAGUUGGCCGCAGUGGCUGCCAUAUUGAAGCAUGGCAAGCGCGAGGAUCUGCUGCCCUAUGCGGAUAAGCUGCUCAAAUGGAUUGUCGGCUGUCAGUACAAGGAUGUCAACGAUUUUCUCAAAUACAAGUAUUAUAUAAAGAUUGUGCAGCGUCUGGGAUUGGUGCAUCUUAAGCCUAGAAUUGCCAGCUGGCGUUACAAGAGAGGCACACGUUCCUUGGCGCGCAACUUGAAUCAGGCCAGUGCUGCUGGCGAUGCUGAAGUCAUAGCAGAUGCGGAUGAAGCAGACGCUGAUGCAGAGGAAAUUGUCGUACCAGAUGCUAUUGAGGAAGUAAUUGAAGAGCUGCUGCAGGCUUUGCGCAGCGGUGGCAAUGACAUACGCUGGAGCGCCGCCAAGGGUUUGGGUCGUGUGACCAAUCGUUUGCCCAAGGAGCUAGCUGAUGAAGUCAUAGGCUCGGUUAUUGGAAUUCUCAGCCCGUUGGAGCCGCAUGAGGCUUGGCAUGGUGCCUGCCUGGCACUGGCGGAGCUGGCCAAGCGUGGUCUACUGCUGCCCUAUCGUUUGCAUGAAUUGGUGCCGCUGCUUAUGCAGGCGCUCUUCUAUGAUGAGAUGAAGGGUUACAUGUCUGUGGGUCAGCAUAUUAGAGACGCCGCUUGCUACAUGUGCUGGGCCUUUGCACGCGCCUACAAUCCGGACGAUCUGAAGCCAUUUGUUCAGCAAAUCUCGUCGGGCCUGCUGACUGUAGCUGUGUUUGAUCGCGAAAUCAAUUGUCGCCGAGCUGCUUCGGCUGCCUUCCAGGAGAGUGUGGGCCGUCUGGGCAACUUUCCCUACGGCAUUGAGAUUUCCACUACUACUGACUUUUAUUCCGUAGGUCUACGUCAGCAUUCCUAUCUAGUCAUCAGCGAUUUUAUAGCUCAGUACGAGGAGUAUCGUGAGCCCAUGAUUGAUCAUCUGGUGCAGCGUAAAGUGGGCCACUGGGAUGCCGCCAUCAGAGAGCUCGUGGCCAAGGCGCUGCACAAACUCACUCGCCGUGCUCCGCGUUACAUGGCUGCUGUAGUGCUACCACAGCUACUGGCAAAAACGGAAACCAUUGAUCUCAAUGCGCGUCAUGGCUGUGUCUUGGCCAUGGGCGAAAUUACUUUGACGCUGCGACAGCUGGAGCUAGAAGGCCCAGGCAAUGUUUAUCUUACUAAUCAGCGCAUUGCAGAGUUGAACGAACUCAUCAAUAGCUUUGUGGAGCGCAGUUACUAUCGUGGCAUGAGCGGUGAGCUGAUGAAGUCCUGCUCCGCCAGCUUCAUACGCAACUGCAGCUUGGCUCAGCUGCCCGCCACCGAUGUCUGCUUGGCCAGUUGGCAGCGUGUCAUCGACAUGUGUCUCAUCACCACGUCCAGCACAAUACGCACAGCAGCUGUGGAGGCCUUUGCUGAACUAAGCCGUGCCUACUACUGCGAGGAGAAGAUGAGUGCUGGCAAUGCGCAGAUUAUAGGCCGAUAUCUGGAGGGCGCCGACAAUGACUUGGAGGAGCAUAUUCGCAUGGGUCAUCUGGCUGCCCUAGGCGUGUUGCCAGAGUUUAUGCUGCGUCCACAGCUCAAUCCAGUGAUGUAUAAGCUGGUGCUGCAUUCACUAACGAAUCAAUCAGCGGCUGGAGAUCACGAGAAUCAACAGACAUUUCGCUGGAGCGAGGCUCGCACCCAGAGCGUGUACGCAUUAUGUAAAAUAGUGCAAACCAUAGGCUAUGAUGAUACCAAAGAUGGAUUUGGAAAUCAGCAUCUCUUCAAUGACGUGGUGAAGUGCAUGCUGAAUGCGAUGGCCGAGUAUACACUGGAUAACCGCGGCGAUAUUGGUGCCUGGGUGCGUGAGGCAGCCAUGACAUCGCUCUUUGAGAUUGCUACUACGUGUCCCAAGGAGAUGCUUGAAGAGGACUUGGUGCAUCAAAUUGUCGCGGGUUUCAUGCAGCAGGCGGUGGAGAAAAUUGAUCGCACACGUGGUCUAGCAGGCAGACUCUGCUGCAGACUUAUACACACACAACCAGCCAUACCACAUAUAAAGGCGCAUGCUCGACUCCUUGAAAUAUUUCCAAGUGAUGAAAAUACAGUGCUCUGGCUCUUUGCUGAUAACACAUUCCCACUAUUUUGCGAGCUAUUGGCAUUGCCUGACUAUUCCAAGCGUGUGCUCUUGGGUCUGUGCGCUAGCAUAGGUCAGCUUACAGAAUCUCUGAUCAAAUACGCUUCAAAUGCAUUCUUCGAGUUUCUGCGCUCCCACAAGCAAAUGGUUCCGCGCUUGUGCACAGAAAUUAUCCAAAUUUUCGAGGAAUAUUUGCUGAAUGAGCGCAUUACAUAUCCCAUGCUUAGCUUCCUCGACAUACUCAUGGGCUCAGGCACUAUUGAUGCUGUUUUGCAUGAUGAGCAGAAUUUGUUUGCCGAGGACGUCUAUCGUCUGCUCAACUUGGAGGUCAAGGGUUAUAAGAAGCUCUACAAAACAGCCACCAGCAUCGGCACCUAUUGCCAGCUAAUCCAAGUUCCGCGGCUAAGCCGUCGCAUCUUCGCCAAGAUGUCAGUAUUUCUGGGCUUGCAGCAUGUGCAUGUUCGUAAAACGGCUGCAACUAAAUUAUACGAGGCGCUGGCGCUUCAUGGCGAUGCCACUGAAAUACCCGAAGAGAAUAUGGAUGAAAUCCUCUCUUUGCUAUCAGAAACCGACUGGACUGCUCCGUUGGUCCAAGUACGUCCACUGCGCAACCAGCUCUGCAAUCUAAUAGGCAUACAACCACCAGUAAGCGGUGGAGCUGCUGCUGCUAACAAGCAGGUCACAGUUGCUGAUAAAUAAAUAGUAUUGCAGUAUUCAUUAAUUACUCCAUUAAUAUAUAGACAUAACUAGUAUGUCAUCUCUUAAUAAUUACUACACAAAUAAAUAGACAUAAAUAG